CAUUCGUGUUGUUUGCUUCUUUGUGAUCGGACGGUGUGUGUCGGCGGCGCGAUCGUGUAUGCUUCAGUUUUACACCUAAAAUUAUUAAUCAUCCAUCGAAGAUUUAAGCAAUCGAAUCGAAUUUUAAGUUAAAAUCGAUUAGUUUUAUUUGAAAAAGUGCUUAUUUAGAUUGCCGGACUAACUUAUCCCGGGUGUUAAAGAUUGUCAUUCCUUCCUAAUCGUAAGUGCGUUCAUCGUCAUUACAAAGCGAUGUGGGAUUCUCCUCACUGAUCAUCAUCGAUCGCGAGAUUGACCAAGCGCAACCAAACCAACCACAACAAAAGUGCGACCACCGGAGCCAGAGACGAAAAACAGCUCAUCGUCUGCUGACGGCUGCUGGACAGUGAUUUAAUCUAUAAUAUUUAGAAGUUUUCAAGCAAGGAGUUUGUGUCUUUCUGGAUUACAAUAAAAGUUCAAGGAGGAGUUAGAGGCGAAAUCGGAUUAUCGCCUUAUUCUACGCCUCAAAAGUUCCCGACAGCCUACCUCGAGAGGUACACCAUCGCCAUAAACGUGCGCAUUCCAACACAAGUGCAUAAAUCCACCAUCUUCUUCCGUGAGAAAGCUUCCCGAACCGUGUCCACUGCCGUACAAGUUAGAUAGACACAUAAGGGGCACCCACUCGGAGGCUAGUUGCUCCCCGUUGAAACCGCCCCCGCACUCCGGUCAUAGUGGAGAAGAAACUGAAAAGCGGCAAGAUGGCCAGUACUGGCGAUAUCUGGCUACAGUGGUUUUCUUGCUGCUUCCAGCAACCGCAAAGUCCUCGACGGCGACGACAUCACCAGCGGCUGCGGAUAGACCGCUCGAUGAUUGGGAAUCCCACCAAUUUCGUGCAUACUGGCCACAUCGGUUCCAACGACGUCGAGCUCUCGACGAACCACCUCUCGGCGAUACAAAACCAAAUGCAGAGUAAAGGUGGCUACGAAAUGAACUCGCUAAGACUACAGGCCUGCUGAUAAGCCGUGAUACGCCACCGUCCGUUAAUUUAUUCCUAGUUUAUAAGGCUAUUAUGCUUUCGGAACAACAACACUGUACACACAAUCCACCCGGAUCAACAUUACUAGGAGAGAUUAAUUAGCAGAAACAAUUACACAUUAUCGUGGAAGUCCGGCGAACGGAACGAAAGGUGUAAUUAAUUGGCGCAAAAUGGAGAAGAAUCGUUGGAGUUCACAUAAAACGAUUACCACAAAGCAUUUCAGCUUCAACGUCUUCCUUUCGGAACAUUGAAACUUCAGAAAAGUUUAUCCACUACUAGACUGUAGCCGAAUUCAACUCGGAAUAAAAAUAUCCAUAGAUUCCGAAUAUCAGAAAUAGAAGCCUUAUUAAAACUAUCGCAGCUGAUGCAAAUAGCGUGUAAUGAAAGAGAUGUUUUAUUUGCGCGAAAUUGAAUGAAUGGUAUUCCUGAUGGAGAAGAGUUUUAGAAUAUGAAGAAUUUUUAAUGAAUAAAUCGUGGUGCUUCACUAAGAGAUCAAAACUAAAAUAAUAAUAAACUAAUAACAAAAUGUGCCACAAGUGCACCGAUGUAAAUCAUUGUACAUAGUUCCUUGAAUUAAAAAGAAAAGUGUCAAUUUAUAUCGCAUAAUAUUAUACUCUCACUCCUAGCCAUGUAAGUCUAUCGAAAUAAAACUGAAUUGACUAAAGAGAACACUGCCUUGGGGAGAAAAUUCCUUCGUAAUGCCUUACGGUUAGUAAUGUAAUACAUAAUCCACGUCCUCAGAAUUGUGUAGGCGAUAUUUUGACCAGUUUAAUUUUAACAUCGGUUUAAGAAUACAUACAACAAUAGAUAUAAUAAAACCUGAAAAACAUUGUUUUGAAAUAUUAACAAGAACAA